AUGCAACUGAUUGCAUAUAAUAAGCUGAAAAGGAAGAAAAGAGUUCCAAUCGGAGAAUUGCGUCAGAUUCCAAUGAACAUGGCGAUUGCCGACAGUCACCAUCGCCACCAAAAGUGGAGACUAUGCGGGUUUUGGCAGUCAGCGACGGUCUCUUCUUCUUCUUCCUCUACUCAGAAUCUUCAUAAUAACUCUCAAAAUCACAACUACCAAAACGGCGGCGUCGGCUCCAGCAGCCGGUCCUCCUCCUCCACCGUCUCUUCCGUUGCCAGAUCGAUUCUUCCAGCUAGACGAAGACUUCGCCUCGAUCCUUCAAGCAAUCUAUACUUCCCCUAUGAACCGGGAAAGCAGGCGAUGAGUGCUAUCAGGAUUAAGAAUUCCAGCAAGUCUCACAUUGCAUUUAAAUUUCAAACUACCGCGCCAAAGAGUUGUUACAUGCGUCCCCCUGGAGGUAUUCUUGCUCCUGGAGAAAGUCUCGUUGCUACUGUGUUCAAGUUUGUGGAGAAUCCAGAGAACAAUGAAAAGUCUAUGGAACAGAAAAGCAAGGUUAAAUUCAAGAUCAUGAGUCUAAAGGUCAAAGAAGGAACAGAUUAUGUUCCAGAGUUGUUUGAUGAGCAAAGGGAUCAAGUCACUCUUGAGCGAAUAUUGCGUGUUGUCUUCUUGGAUCCAGAGCGCUCAACUCCUACACUUGAAAAACUGAAGCGUCAAUUGGCUGAAGCUGAUGCUGCUACAGAAGCACGGAAGAAGCCACCGGCUGACACAGGUCCACUGGUUGUUGGGGAAGGUCUUGUUAUAGAUGAAUGGAAAGAGCGAAGGGAGAAAUAUCUCGCUCGGCAGCAGGUUGAGGCUGUGGAUUCGAUAGACGAGAAAGAAGAAAAACUUGUUCUGCAUCCACAAAUUUACUCCAUCAUGCUGGAAGGAAAAGCCGUGAUUGGUGAAACCGAUAUGCUCGAAACCAUGCAAAAAGAUGCCCUUCAUAUAGCAGCGAAGGCACUUGAUUUCUUUGAUGUCACCGAGGCCACUGAAAUAGCCCGUUUUAUUAAAAAGGAAUUUGACGGGCAACAUGGAUCUGGAUGGCAAUGUAUAGUAGGAACUGAUUUCGGUUCAUUCGUGACUCAUUGCUGUGGCUGCUUCAUCUAUUUUUGCAUUGGCAGCCUUACAAUUUUGCUCUUUAAAGGAUCGAGUGGACAAGAACCCAAGGCAGAUGAAUUUCCAGCUUUAGAGACUACAGCUUGA